AUGCACGCUAAGAGCUUUGCAAAGGUCCAGUCCUUCCAGUACAGGCCGGCUGCCUCCCACCAGGCAACAUCCACUUCUAAUGGCAGUGGCAAUAUCAACAACUCUCUUCCUCCACUUAGAUUGUCUCCCUCAGAGUAUGAUGCUGCUGCGAAACAUAUGAAAGAUAGAUUUAUAUACGUUUUGGCGAACGCCUUAGGUUCCAAAAUCACAGUCACAACCAAUGACAAUGAGAAAAUCACCGGUAUCUUGCAAUCGAUUUCUACAAUCACGGAUUCAAUUCCUUCACUCAUUCUCAAGUUUCCAACGAGGGAAAACCAUGUUUAUGAGAAUGAGUUUUUAACAAUUCCUCAAUCCUUAAUUUCCAUGUUUACUUGUGAAAAUGUGGAUAUUUCACCUAAAACAUCAUCUUUAUCGGCAACUUCAACUUUGUCCACAAGUAAUUCUCCAAAGCCUACAUCACAAACCCUCUCCGCUACUGGUAAUGAUAAAGGCGAAAAGAAGGGAACAAAGGGUCUCAAAGAUGAUAAAGUAGCUAAAGAGAGUAAGGAUUUGAACGAAUUUAAAACGGAUUCCCAAAUUGCCAACUCUUCGUUCAAGGAGAAACCUUUGGAAAAAUGGAUUCCCGAUGAUUCAGCUAUUGUAUCUGAAGCUUUGGAGGAUAUUAAACCUGGAAAUUGGGAUCAAUUUAAAGCCAAUAAAGCAAUCACAGGUUUGGAGCCUGAAUACGACGAGGAGGAAUAUACUACUAGAUUGAAUACCAAUAGUAAAGACUUUGCAAAAAGACUUGAAUUUGCAAAGAAAAUGGAAAAAGAGAUUUUGUCCGCUCCUUCUAAUGGUAACCUCCACAUUGAUGAGGAAAGAGGCCGCAUUGUCGAUGUUAGUAACGUUGACGAAGAGGACAAGUAUUCUGGCGUUUUGAGGGAGAAUGCACAGUCCGAGGAGAAAUUAAUGAACAUGUUGAAAAGUCCAAGUGGUGCUCAAAAAAAUCCUCCUCAAUUGAGAAACUACAACGAAGGUCAGUAUAUCCCUCCAAGCCAACGUGCGGCUCAACAACAUAAAGAUCCUGCUGUUGUUUCCACUUCCACCCCUACCUCUGCUGCAAAUACAACUACUACUAAAAAUGCCGCCAAGAAAAUUCCUGGCACAGCUGCCAAACAGUUGUCUUCUCCAAUAGCUUCUUCUUCGGCUUCCUUGCCACCUCCAAUUUCUACAAAACUUCCCGAGAAACCAAUUGUUAAAGAAUCAGCUAAAAAAGUCUCCACUCCGUCUUUUGUUUCGCCUCCACCUUCUUCAAGCUCUAAGAAAACAAGCACUUCUGUAGAUGCAAAAAGAAACUUGGCAGUCUCACCACCUGUUGAUUCUAAGCAGAAUUUAUCUACUCCAGUUCAUAAUCCUUUGCAUAGUUCAGGAUCAGCAUCAACCCCUCCUACAGUAAAGACUGAACCAACCGAUAACAUAGUAUCGUCGCAAUUGCAACAAAGUCAACCAAAACAACCACACCAAAACCAUGCUAGUAAUUACAAUCAUAACCAGCAACAACACAUGCAAUCCCCUUCACAGCAUCCUCAGCAAUUACCACCGCAGCAUCAACAACAACCACAACAGCAGCAUAUGCCACAUGCAAUGCAGCAGCCUAUGCAACAAUAUACACAUGCUCAACCUCACCUAUCUCCUUACCAACCACAAAAUAACCAAAUGCGUAACACUCAACGCCACAACUAUCAACCCAACGAUGCACAUCCAAAUGGACCACUAUCAAACAACUAUAGAUUCAAUAACCAACAUGAAAAUGGAAGUAAUAAUAAUAAUAAUGGUCAUAGUCACCACAAUAGAGUAGGACCUUCGAAACCUCUAUUCCGUUUACAUGGAUCAUAUGAGAAGCCUAAAACAGGACGUAUCUUGGAAGGUAAAUUCAACAUUUUAGCCACUACCAAAAAGGAGUAUCUUGAAAAGAAUCCAGGGUCGGAUGUUUUGAUUAUACCGAUGGCUCCUAGUUAUGCAACUCAACCAGGCUGGCCAGAAACUAUUGAAACUAAAUACGACGUUUUGUUCAAGGCAGAAAAUAAGCCACCACAAAUUCAAAUGCAAUCCCAAAUGUAUGUGCACCCUGGUUACCACCCAUACGCUCAAGGUUAUUCACCUGGAUAUUCUCCCCAAUAUGUUCAACAACCGUACUAUUAUUACCCUGGCUAUCCACAACAACAAUACCCCUACGCUGCGCCUAUGGGGUAUCCGGUAAUGGAAGGACAGCCUCCAUAUGUAUAUCAACAUAACCCAAUGCAAGGACAUCGUUAA